AUGGAGCAAAUUCUGGCGGACGAGGCGCGGGGGGAUGUGCUUGUGAUCGACGGCCGGCAGGUGGCGGGCGGCGGCGACGUGGCGGCUCUGUGGAGCGCGUGCGAGGAGAGGGUGGCCGUUAGGGGCGCGCGCAGCGUGGAGUGGAGGGCAGAGGGCGUGCUGCGCAAGAAGCUCACCACACCGCAUGCCAUCUCGCAGGUGCUGCCCUCAUUCCAUUGCUCUCACGCCAUUGCUCCCAAUGCCUGCUUAGCAUCAUUGCGACCCAUCACCACAUCUCACUCCAUCCUCCUACCUUCCCCUAACCUCCCACGCAUACCAGCUCGCUUCCCGCUCCCCCCUCUCCCCACCCUUCCUCCUCACCACCCAUCCGUGCCUGUGCCCUCUCCGGCCAUGAGUGCAGGCAGCAUGGGUGCGAAUGCACGGGGAGGCGGCGCUCUCAUCACUCGCGCUGCUGCACGCGCAUGGCCUCACACUCGCCGCCACCAAUGGUCAGUCCCUCCUGCUCCCUCCUGCUCCCUCCACGGCGAGCUGCAAGGGGUCAAGCCGAUGAGCAAACGAUGGGGUGCUGGUGGUGACAUGCACGAGAUGCCGCUGCCCUUCGCCUGCUCGCGCCUCUGGCCCCUCCCCAUCGGCCUGCUGCUGCAGCCCCUGCCGUCCCAGCCGUCUCUGCAUUCCCUGCCCACACAAACACACGCCUUCCCCCCAUCUACACCUCUCCCCAUGCACCCCCUCUCCCCUUUCGCCUCCGCACCUUUUCCGGCCUCCCCUCCAUUCGCCUUCCCCAUCCCCACUGCCACUGCUCCCUUCCCCUCGCCCGCCUCCCCCAUUCCGUUCCCGGCUCUCUCCCCCCACACGUCUGCCAUCACCCCCUCCCUACCUGCUCCUGCCACUGCCGCCACCGCCGGUGCUGGUGGGGCAGCUGGCGGGCAGGCAGGGCGGGCAGCGGGUGGCGCGAUGGGUGCUGUUGACUGGGCGGAUGGGGCAGUGGGUGGGGCGCACAUGGGGGGUGCUUUCAUGGAGGCAGGGUGCUUCACGCUCUCACAUGCUCAUGAGGAACUGCAGCCAGUGGCCAUGGAGGUCGGGCCACCGUGGCAGCAGGGAGGGGGCGAGGAGGUGCUGUGGUCAUCCACCGAGGUGCCGCUGCUCGCCACCUUCAACCACGCAACCUGUCUUUCACUGGCAACUUCAUGUGCGUCCACACCAUCAUGUGCGGCCACACCAUCAUGUGCGUCCACACCAUCAUGUGCGUCCACACCAUCAUGUGCGUCCACACCAUCAUGUGCGUCCACACCAUCAUGUGCGUCCACACCAUCAUGUGCGUCCACACCAUCAUGUGCGUCCACACCAUCAUGUGCGUCCACACCAUCAUGUGCGUCCACACCAUCAUUUGCGUCCACACCAUCAUGUGCGGCCACACCAUCAUUUGCGUCCACACCAUCAUGUGCGGCCACACCACACCAUCAUGUUCACUCCAACCAUUGCUUCACUUCCCACCGUCCAUCCUCUCACCACUCUUAUGCACACUCCAUGCUCAAGUGGCCCAUCUACUCUCCGCCUUCCCCCUUUGCGCACACCACAACCCUUCCCCCCUCAGCCCGCCGCCAGCACUCCGUGUGGCACCUGCGCUACCUCCCGCACCGCUUCCUGCACCAAUCACCUGACGCCACGUCAGCAGCAGAGCUGGACCCGCUACUUGCCGGGCUGAGCCCCGUGUCUCCUGCAACAGCUGCAGCUGCUGGGAGGGCGGGGGGCCAGGAGAGCAUGUCGGCAGGGAGAGGGGGCGGUGGGGGUGGGGGGGAUGCAGGCAUGGUGGGCGAUCUGAGGCUGCAGGCGGGGCGAGGGGAUGUGGGGGGGAGUGUGGGCAGUGGGGACAGGCGGGGGCGAGGAGGGGGAAGAGGAGGCGCGGCAGGCGUGGCAGCAGCGGCUAAGCUGAGUCGCUUCGCGGGGGGUGGGGGGGAUGGGGGCCCUGGUGGAGGGGUGGGGGGGAGAGCAGCAGGUGGGCAGGCUGGGAGUGGUCGGGGGAGCAUGGAGGGGCAGGCGGUGGGGGGAGGGGCGGGUGGGAGGGAUGUGGGUGGUGGGGAGGCAAGGGGGGGAGGCGAGAGGUGGGAUGCGGAGGGAGAGGGCGAAGGGUGGUGUGUGCGCAUGACACGUGUGUGGACGGGGCUUAUAGGCCAGGACAAGGCCUCCCACGUCCUGCUGCUCUCCCACACCCCCCUCCCCUCCUCUCCCCCCGGCCCCCCUGUCCCCUGCCCCCACCGCACAUCCCUCCCUGCCGCCGUCGCGCCUCUCCUCAGUCCCUCGCCCCCCCGUGGCUCCGCCACUCUUGCCUUCUGCUCGCCAGCCCGCCAGCGCUUGUGGGUGCGACACGUGGCGUAUGGGGGGGCAGGGAACGGUCCGGGCAAAGGGGAGGCGGAGGAGGAGGAGAGCAGGGCCGAUGGGGAAGGGGGGAGUGGGGGAGGCGGGAAUGAGGGCAGCGGGAGGGUGGUGCACAUGGAGGGGCGGCGCUGCUGGUCGGUGGAGGCUGUCUCCGCUGUGGCUCUGAGCCACACAGCUCCCGUCACCCCUCUGCACCGCAUCAAUCGCUUUCUCCUGGUUGCGGACUGGCAUGGCUCGCUCACGCUGAUGCACGGCCCUCUGCUGCUCUGGCGGGCGCCCUGCACCACCUUCCUCGCACACCACGGCAUCCACGUGGACCAAUCAGAGCUCGCCACGUGUCCCCUGCGCCUGUCUGCCCCUCUGGGCGACCGCGUGUCCAUUGUUCUCCCCAACAACCAGGAGCAUCGCUUCCAAGUCAAGCUAGCAGUCGCAGCUUACCUGCCUGCCAGGUGUCUCACUGCCAUUCGUGCAAGCCCCUUCCCCCGCCGCCUCUCCCACGACCUGCGCUGCACCCUGCUCGCCGCGCGCCUGUGGCGGCUGCAGCACAAGGGGGAGGAGAAGGCAGACGGGAGUGUGGAGAGAAGUGGUGCGGCUGGUGGCAGGCAGCGGGUGGAGCUUGUGAAGCUGUGUGCGCUGGUGGGCGCAGCUGGUGGCGCUGCUAAUGGUGCAGAGGGAGGGGAGGGGGAGGAGUGGCACACACUGCUGUGUGUGGUGGAGGAGUGGAUUGAAGCGGCGCUCGUGGGGGAUGGUGCUCGCAGUGGCACUGGCAGGCAGGGCGCAGAGGGAGAGGUUGAGCAAGGGGGGGAGGCAAUGGAGGUGGAUGGUGAGGGUGACAGGGGCAGUGCAGGCAGGGGGGCACAGGGAGGCGCGGACAAGGGGGUAAGGCAGAGCAAGGUAGAGUUGGGGGAGGGGAGGGAAGAAACAGCAGGUGGGGAGGGGGGAGACGAGGUGCAGCAGUCAGCAUGGGAGCAGGUGCUAGAAAGCCAGCACCACCGCCACCUGCUGCUCGCCGGUGCCCCCCCCUGGAUGCCCUUCCCCCUCCCCUCGCCCCCAACCACCGCGCAUGCUGCGCCUCCUCGCCCUGCUGCUGCUAGCUCUGCUGCAGAGGGCAGUGCGCGGGGAGGUGAGAGAGGGGGGAACGGGGAGGGCGUGCAGGUGGGGGGAGAGUGGGGCGAGGGCGGGGAGGGUGUGGGGGUGGGCGAGUUGGUGGAGUUGCUGCGGGCGCUGCACGGCGUGUAUGAGGAGAGCCGCCUUGAUGCCCUGUGCCGCAGCUCGCUGCCCCGUCUGGCAGCGCUGGUGUGGGUGCUGGCAGCAGUGCUGGGCGCGCAUGACUUGUGCGACCACUACCAGCGCCACCACCCCUCCCUCUCCCUCCUCGCACGCUCCUUCCCCCCCAUUCUGUCAGAGCGCGCACUGCCCCCCCACCCCACACUGCCAUCCGUCGUGCCAUGUGUCUUCACCUGGUUGGCUCGCACCGUGCAGUACGGUCCAAAGCAUGCUGCCCCUUGGCUGGCGUGGAUGCCGCCCUCCUUGCUGUCCGCUGCCGCCCAGCCCAUGCUGGACAGCGCAGGGCAGGUGGCAGAGAAAGUGGGGGAAGAGGAGUUGGGCAAUGGGGAGGGGAGAGGCAGAGAGGCGAGUGUACAGCAGGGAGCAAGGGAGGGCGAGUGGUGGGAGGAGUGGGAGGGCGAGUGGUGGGAGGAGUGGGAGGGCGAGGGGUGGGAGGAGUGGGAGGGCGAGGGGGAAGGCGGGCCUGGGCUGCUGCCCCUGGUGGUGCUGCUCUUCUCGCUGCUCUUCCCCCGCGGUGCGUGGACCCACCCUGCUGCCCGCCCGCCCUCCAAGGCCAGGCACAAGCCGGCGGUGAGGGAGGAGGCGUCAGGUGGAGGGAAGGCAGGCACUAACAAGGGAGGGAAAGGGGGAGCAGCAGGGGGUGAGAGUGAGGGCGAGAGAGUGGUGACUGCAGCUGGGGGCGAUGGUGUAGCGGGGUUGAGUGAGCGGUGUGUGGCAGCCAUGGUGGCGGCACACAUGGGGAGGUCCGACCUCCAGAGGCUGCCCCCUGCCGUCGCCCUGCCCCUUCUGCAGGCACUGCACGUGUGCAGGGAAAACCCUCCCCCAGGCUGGCCAGCAGCGGCAUACGUGUUGGUGGGGAGAGACGACCUGGCUGCCACCGCCACCGCCUGCCUGCACUGCUUCUCCCUCCACCACUCGCCGCUGCCUCGCUGCCCCUCCCCUCACUCGCAUCUCAGCAGCGCUAAGGAAGCCACCAUCACCGCAAGCGCGCCACCGCGCACCACUGCACCGCCCCUUUCCCCACACUCCCUUUCGCCUCUCGCCUUCUCCUUCCCUCCCACUGUGCUCGUGCGCCCACUCUCCCCCUUCCCCUCGUCCCCCCACUCCGCCCUGCACCCCUCUCUCGCCCUCCCUGGAUCCCACGCCUCUCAAGGCCUUGCCUCCGCCUCAGGGAUGGGCGUGGGGGGCAUGGGGGCGGGGGCGGGCAGCGGAGUGGGGGUGGGGGGGGCAUCGGACGCGACUGGGGUGGGAGGGGGAGGGGCGGGAGUGGAGGGCGCAGGGGGAGAGGGCAUGGUGGCGGACGGCAUGGAGCAUCUGCUGCUGCCGCCCACCCGCUCCCUGCUCGCCCUGCGCUUCCCCUGUGACCUUCGUCUUGCUGAGGUGCGUCGCCUGCUGUGCUCUGCGCGCCCAGUGCCCCUGCCGGCCGCCGCUGCUUCUGAUUCCACCGACCCCGACGCCCUCGCCGCCCACCAGGUGCCCCUCACCGCCCACCAGGUGCCCUUUGCCGCCCACCAGGUGCCCCUCGUAGUGAAGCUAGUGAGGUCCACUCGUCCCCCUUUCCUCCUUGCCUUGGCAUCAGCAGCGUGGAAAGUGUCAUGCUCGAUAUCACCACCCCUUUCCUUUCUGCCCAUGCCCAUUCAUGCCCUGUCGGUCCCCAAGCUGGUGCUGGCGGGGCGCUUGACGGCGCAGAACGACGCCACGCUUAGCACCGUCCUCCUCGACCCCUCUCCCCGCCCGCCAUUGUGCCUCACUCGCUCUCUCCUCCAGGUGGGGCUGGACGGCACGCUGGGCAACCUAUCAGAGCUCGCCACGUGGCCGGAGUUCCACAAUGGAGUGGCAGCCGGCCUCAAGCUCGCCUGUGUGCCCGUGAGUGACCUCACAUCACCUCACCUCACCUCACAUCACAUCACCUCACCUCACCUCACCUCACCUCACAUCACCUCACAUCACCUCACAUCACCUCACAUCACCUCACAUGACCUCACAUCACCUCACAUCACCUCACCUCACCUCACAUCACCUCACCUCACCUCACAUCACCUCACCUCACAUCACCUCACAUCACCUCACAUCACCUCACCGCACCUCACCUCGCCGGCUCUCUCUCCUACUGGUGUGCCCGUGCUGUUGUCCUGCUCAUGUGAUCGCCAGCUGCCAUGCCCCCGUCCCCUCAACGCUCGCCCUCAACUCGCACAGCCCGCUGACACCUCACAUCCCUUUUUCACAUUCCAUCCCUCCGCAACUUAUCCUCGUUACAAGCAUUCAUCCCCACCCGUGCCUCUCUCGCUUACCCCCUCCCUCACAGCCAGACGCGGUGACGCGGUCACACGGGCAUGGGUGGUGUACAACCGGCCAGGGGAGGCCUCGAGUGCACACGGGGGGUUGCUCAUGGCGCUGGGGCUGCGCGGCCACCUGCGUGUGCUCGCCCCCACCGACUUCUUCCGCGACCUUGCCCUCGUGGGUUUCGCUGCCUCCCCCCCUGCUCUGAUGGAGCACGAGGCGACGACGGUGGGCGUGCUGCUGGGCGCUGCUGCGUCGUACCGCGCUACCAUGGACGCCAAUAUCUGCAAGAUGCUCUAUCUGCACAUCCCAUCGCGCCACCCUCCGUCCUUCCCCGACCUCGAGCUCCCUCCCUCCAUUCAGACGGCAGCACUGGUGGGCGUGGGGCUGCUGCACAUGGGGUCAGCGCACCGCCUCACCACUGAGAUCCUGCUAGACGAGAUAGGGCGCAAGCCAGAGGGGGAGGGCAGCAUGGAGAGGGAGGGGUACUCUCUCGGGGCUGGCCUCGCUCUGGGACUAGUCACCCUCG